CAAAACAUUGUUUCGCUUUUUCUGUUUAUAUAUAUACACCGAACCAAACGGAUAUCCUCUGAGAAAUUUCGGAUACGCAAUCAAUUCAAAUUUCAUCCACAAGAACCCUAAUUCGAGACGAUUAAGGAAGCUGAGAGAAAGUCUCUUUUGAGCUUGCUCAGUUUUGCAAGUAGAAAAGAGGUUUAUCCUCAGGGGAAGCAAAAGGGUCGAAUCAGCUUUGCUUUUGUGAGCGUUAAAAGUAGGUACUUGAGGAUGGAUCAAAUGAUUUCAGGAGAACAAGAUCUUGAGGUAGACAUCGAAGCUGGUCGAUCUGAUGUUACGCAAGAAUCCACUUCAGAUAUCGUUUCAGGGAACGGGGUGUGGCGUGAACGGGUGAAUUUCGGUGUGUCUGAAAAGAUUGCUGAUGAUCUAAACUGUCCAUUAAUAGGAAACAAAAACCCAGCAGAAGCAAGCAGUCAAAGUUUGAAUCUUUCAGAGAAAAAAGGCGAUAAUGUAAAGGUUAAGAAGUCAAGAAAGGCUUCAAAGCCACCUAGACCUCCGAAAGGCCCUUCCUUGACUGCGAAUGACCAUAAGGUGAUGAGGGAAAUAGCGGAGCUCGCAAUGAGAAAGCGUGCAAGGAUUGAACGGAUGAAAAAUUCCUUAAAAAGAAUUAAAGCUGCAAAGUCUUCAUCAUCAUCAUCUUCAUGCGUUAGCAUUUUCUCGAUGAUAGUAACGAUCCUAUUCUUCGGCUUUCUAGUCUUUCAAGGAUUCUUUGCAGGCGAUUCGAGUUUGAAAUCAGACAAAUCACCUGCACCAAUUGUUUCACCUUACAACCAAAUGAUCUCAGUUCAGUUCUACAAUGAGUUUGCUCCCGUUGAGCAAACUGAUCCCAGUCCAACUGCCUCAUUCAGAUACACGAGGAAGCGAAUCUCGGGCGCAGAAGAAGAAGAUUCAAGAGAUGUCACCAGAUGAGUUCUCUGUUUGGUCUUGACAUUAACGCACUCUGUUAGCUCUUUUUGGUUCAAUUUUUGUUCUUUAACUUGUCCUUAACGCUUUAGAAACCGUCAUCCUCUUUCUCGAGGUUAUAUCUUGUAAAUUCUUUGCCGGGCCCCAUCACUAGCCGGGCCUGUUUCUAAUUGAUUGGAAGUUUGGAACACACUUAUUAAUGAUUGGUGCAAUUAGUUAUUU